AUGUUAAUUCUUGACUGGAGAUUAGGUUGGAUUGGAAAGGAUUUAAGAGACAUGAAAGGAAGAACAGUCGAUUUGAAGCCACUAAGGGAGGCUACGAUCGCCGUCCCGACGCCGAAGAUCUCCGAGAAGCGGAAAGCGGAUGAAGCAGACGCCAGUAAGGACCUAAAAAAGGCGAAAUUGGAAACGAAAGCCCUGAAAGCGAAGAGGCCAGGAUUCACGGACGAACGGUACAACGAGACCAGCUAUUACGUGGAGAACGGACUCCGGAAAGUAUACCCUUAUUACUUCACCUUCACCACGUUCACGAAAGGCAGAUGGGUGGGUGAGAAGAUCCUCGAAGUGUUCGCCAGAGAGUUUCGUGCGCAUCCAGCGGAAGAAUACGAGCGUUGUAUCCGUGCUGGUACUCUCACGGUGAACUAUCAGAAGGUGGACGUAGAUUACAGAUUGCGGCACAAUGAUUUGCUGGCUAACGUCGUUCACAGACACGAGGUGCCUGUCACCUCGGAGCCGAUCACGGUGAUACACAUGGACGAGGACGUCGUCGUGGUCAACAAGCCCGCCUCCAUCCCUGUGCAUCCGUGUGGACGAUACCGGCACAACACGGUGGUUUUCAUUCUAGCGAAGGAAUACAACCUGAAGAACCUCAGAACGAUCCACAGGUUGGACAGACUGACCAGCGGAAUUCUCCUUUUCGGUAGGACGCCAAAGAAGGCGCGGCAGAUGGAGCACCAAAUACGAAACAGACAGGUCCACAAGCAAUAUGUCUGCCGAGUCGAAGGCGAGUUCCCUGAAGAAGAAGUGGUCUGCUCCGAGCCAAUCGAGGUGGUGUCCUACAAGAUCGGCGUCUGCAAGGUCUCAGAGAAGGGCAAGGACUGUGUGACGCGUUUCAAACGUCUCAGCUACAAUGGCAAGUCAUCCGUGGUCCUCUGUAAACCACAGACUGGACGAAUGCAUCAGAUCCGCGUUCAUCUGCAGUAUCUAGGCUACCCAGUAGUCAACGAUCCUCUGUACAACCAUGUAGUCUUUGGUCCAGAGAAAGGAAAAGGUGGAAACAUUGGUAAAACUGAUCAAGAGUUAGUCAGGGAUCUGAUCAGCAUCCAUAAUGCAGAAAAUUGGCUGGGUAUGGACGGAGACUCAGAGAUGAGCUUGUUCAAGCCGAAGCUAGACAUGGAGGAACGUGUGUUGAACAAUGAUAAAGAUGGUUCCUCACCGUCGUCCACGCCAGGUCUUGGUGAAGAGGAGCAACAACAGCAACAGGAGCAAUCCCUAAAAGUGACAGUAGGCACUCAGACAGGCUCAGAGCCACCAGAUUCCAGCUUCACGAAUGACAAGAUGACGGUUGAUCCACAUUGCUAUGAGUGCAAAGUGAAGUACAGAGACCCAAAACCGUCUGACCUGGUCAUGUACCUUCACGCGUGGCGCUAUUGUGGUCCAGGCUGGGAAUAUGAAACACCUCUUCCAGCUUGGGCAGCUAGUGACUGGACCGAGGAGGACCGAUAGUUCCGAUCCAGAGAGCAUUGAACAAAAGGACGAGCUGUCAUCACCCUUCGUACCCCUUUUUGAUAUCCUUACCCCGUGCCUUCCAUCCGCCAGCGAGCGAUCUCGACCAUCGUACA